AUGAGAAAAAAUGCAAAUUCGAAAAGCCAAGGUCCUGUAAGAUACGUGAUGCUGCUGUCCUUUAUUUUCGUAAUCUUAAUAUUAUUAAACCCUGAUUGCUUUGUCCAAUCAAGCACAGAAUCCGAGUUGCAGUUACAAACGUGUGCACGAAAACUAGUGGAGUUAUCACUUUACACAAAUGAAGAUUUAUCUAGAAGACUUAAAAAUGAUAAUUUGAUUAAUGAGCCAUAUGUAAACGGGAAGCUUUUGCCUUUCGGAUGUCAAAAGAAGGAUCUAACAAAAAAACUAUCAAGGAGCAAUAUAGAAAAUCUGUCAAAUAACACAGGGUUUCUUUUUGCUGAUAAGAAAAAGGCAUACAUUGUUUUUCAUUACUUGCAUGAUUACCAUAGAACCAAAUAUGAUAAGAUGAUAAAUCACUUAUGGUUAGAUUUUACAAAGUUAGCAGAACAAAUUGGUAUGCCUGCUGAAGAACGAUUGAAAAUUUUAAUGGACUGUCAUUCAGCACUUAUGAGAGAUUUUGAUACCCUAGAUGAAGCAUAUCAAAAUCGUUUCUUCUCCAUGGCCCAGAAUAAAUUAAUGUUGCAAGUAACUUUCCGAAUAUUUCUCUCCAAAUUUAUGUGGUCAUGUGAUAAAUUAACAAGAGUAAAUAAGAGGAAGUGGAAGAAGACUUUGAUGAAUGUUAUAGAAUCGUACAAACCGUAG